AUGGAAGGGUUCCUCACCACAUCCGUGGAGACCGAAAGUGCUGAGGUUUCCUCAACGGAUGGGUUGCUGGGCAUUCUCGACAGUCUCACGAAAACAUGUUGGCUCCCAACAGCCGUCCGUCCUACCGCGAGACGUGUUUUCAUGAUGUCCUUGGGCAAGUGCAGCCAAAAGAGUAGCUUAGGCCCAGGAGGGGACUUUUGUGAGGUCCGCCCAGUGAGCCCUCGACCUUCACUGCAUGGAGUUCGGCACCAGUGGCACUCUGCCGGAGCAACCAAUCUUUCAGCCCUGUUUCGUCAUGAGAAGACAAGUACAGCAUACUGUAGGUGCCAUUGA